AUGACAUUAAAAACUCAAAAACCAUGUUUCGAUAUAUUUUACGAAGAUUAUUGUCCGAGAAAAGCUGGUAAGUAUGAUAUUUAAAAAUUACUAAACUAGUUCGAUUGUACUUAGUGGUUAGAUCAACAUUUUCAAAAUAACACGACAGUUCUAACAAAUCUAGCUAUUUAAUAAGGAAAUACAGUGACUCUAACAGAAAUAAAACUUCAAACAACGACAUUGCAUACGAAGCUGAGUAUUAUUACAAACAGGUAAUAUUUUUAAGGAAUGUACAAAGCAAUUAUAAAGAUAAAGAGUUAUAUGCAAUAACGAAACAUUUGUCUGUAUGCUUCUCAGGAUAAAGAAUUGCUCGAGCUGUUGAAACAAAAAAUGCAAGAGGAAGUGAAAUGCAUGCAAGAAGAAGUAACAACGAUGCGUAAUAAAAUUGAAGAAUAUAAUCGCACUAUCAACGAAAAUCUUCGAUUUUUAAAAGGUCUUGAGAAAGAUUUGUCUGCGAGCGAUAAGAAAUAG